AUUUACUCAUCCUCCCGCUUCAAAGCGCUCGUCAAAGCUCACAAGAGUGAAUAGCCGAACCUCACAAGACCUCGGGGGGUCAUUGUUGGGUUAGACACGCUCUCUAUUAAAUCAAUUGACCUUUUCCCGUCACCAACCUCCCCCGUGGUCUACAUCAAUUGGGAAAAUUACUCUAUAAAUCGCAGCCAUGGCUACCAGACUGGCGGGCCGAGCUCCGGCUUUGCUACGCUCAGCCCAGCGGGCUGCAUUCGCACCCAAGACCUUAUCGCAGUCAUUGGCUGCUAGGUCUUUCACAAACGCUGCCGCCCGGCCGGGUCUCCGGGCUACUGUUGCAACCACACAGUCAAAGUUGGCGCCGAAGCGGCUGUUCACCGCAACCGCUGCUGCCCUCGCCCAGCCGGCCCCAGACGCGGACUCGUACCUCCGCAAUCUGCCCAGCUCAGUCCUGAAGCAGAGUGCCACAGACAUCAAGAAGGUUCUCGUUGUCGGAAGCGGUGGUCUGGCCAUUGGCCAGGCUGGAGAGUUCGAUUAUUCAGGCUCGCAAGCACUGAAGGCUCUCAAGGAGGCUGGCAUUGCCUCGGUACUCCUUAACCCGAACAUCGCUACCAUCCAGACCAACCACUCCCUUGCCGACGAGGUCUACUACCUUCCUGUCACCGCCGAGUACUGCGCCUACGUUUUCGAGCGCGAGCGUCCCGAUGGCAUCUUCCUUGCCUACGGUGGUCAGACCGCUCUGAACCUGGGUGUUGAGCUCAAGAGGAAGGGCAUCUUGGAGAAGUAUGGCGUCAAGGUUCUCGGCACCAGCGUCCAGACCCUCGAGCUCAGUGAGGACCGUGAUCUCUUUGCCAGGGCUCUGGACGAGAUUAACAUCCCUAUCGCAAAGUCGAUUGCCGUCAACUCGGUCGACGAAGCAUUGGACGCCGCUGAGAAGGUCGGCUACCCGAUCAUCGUCCGUGCGGCAUACGCUCUCGGUGGUUUGGGCAGUGGUUUUGCCAACAACAGGGAAGAGCUCAAACAAAUGGCCGCCCGAAGCUUGACGCUCUCGCCCCAGAUCCUGGUUGAGAAGAGUUUGAAGGGCUGGAAGGAGGUCGAGUACGAGGUUGUCCGUGAUGCUGAGAACAACUGCAUCACUGUGUGCAACAUGGAGAACUUCGACCCCCUUGGUAUCCACACUGGUGACUCUAUUGUCGUUGCUCCCUCUCAGACCCUCUCUGACGAGGAGUACCACAUGCUUCGAUCUGCUGCCAUCAAGAUCAUUCGUCAUCUGGGCGUUGUCGGAGAGUGCAACGUCCAAUACGCCCUUCAGCCUGACGGACUUGACUACCGUGUUAUCGAGGUCAACGCUCGUCUCUCUCGAUCUUCGGCUCUUGCCUCCAAGGCUACUGGUUACCCUCUCGCGUACACUGCGGCUAAGAUUGGUCUCGGAAACGCCCUCCCUACGCUGCCCAACGCGGUCACCAAGACCACUACUGCCAACUUCGAGCCCUCCCUUGACUACGUGGUUGUCAAGCAGCCCCGAUGGGAUUUGUCCAAGUUCCAGCACGUCUCGAGGGACAUUGGUUCCUCUAUGAAGUCUGUCGGUGAGGUCAUGGCUAUUGGCAGGACCUUCGAGGAGGCUAUUCAAAAGGCCAUCCGCAUGGUUGACCCCAGGUUCCCCGGCUGGUACAACCCUAACCCCAACGCCGAGAAGUUUGACGAUCUCGACCACGAGUUGCGAAACCCGAGUGACCGCCGUUGGUUGGCCGUUGGUCAAGCCAUGCUGCACAAGGGAUACACCGUUGACAAGGUCCACGAGCUGACCAAGAUUGACCGGUGGUUCUUGCACAAGCUGCAGAACAUCGUGGACUGCGCCAGGGGCCUCGAGUCUGCAGGCUCUCUCGAUGCCUUGAGGAAAGACAAGGUUUUGAGGGCAAAGCAGUUGGGCUUUUCCGACCACCAGAUUGCUCUGGCCCUGAACGUUGGAGGAGCCAAAGUUAGCGAGAUUGAUGUUCGCGCUUACCGCAAGAAGCUCGGCGUCACGCCCUUCGUCAAGAGGAUCGACACUCUGGCCGCCGAGUUCCCCGCCUCCACGAACUACCUUUACACCACAUACAACGCCUCCUCGAACGAUGUGACUUUCGAGGACAACGGUACCGUCAUUCUUGGCAGCGGUGUCUACCGUAUCGGCAGCUCUGUCGAGUUCGACUGGUGCGCUGUGUCCGCCACCAGGGGUAUUCGCAGCCAGGGUGAGAAGACUAUCAUGGUCAACUACAACCCGGAGACCUACUCCACCGAUUUCGACGUUGCCGACAGGCUCUACUUUGAGGAGCUGAGCUACGAGAGGACCAUGGAUAUCUACGAGCUCGAGGGCGCCAAGGCUGCAGUUGUUGGUUUUGGUGGGCAGCUUCCCCAGAACAUUGCGCUGAAGCUCCAGGAGGUUGGCAAGGCCAAGAUCCUGGGUACUAACCCGCAGGAUAUCGACAAGGCCGAGGACAGGAAGAAGUUCUCUGAGAUCCUGGACAGCAUUGGCGUUGACCAGCCGGAGUGGGCUGAACUCAAGUCAGUUGAUGAGGCCAGGGCUUUUGCCGACAAGGUCAGCUACCCUGUGCUUGUGCGACCCAGCUACGUGCUUUCGGGUGCUGCCAUGACCGUCAUCCGAAGCCCCGAGGAGCUGGCUGAGAAGCUCGAGGCUGCGGCUUCCGUCAGCCCUGAGCACCCGGUCGUUAUCAGCAAGUUCAUCGAGGGCGCUGCUGAGAUCGAUGUCGACGGUGUUGCCCACGAGGGUAAGCUCCUGGUCCACGCUGUCUCUGAGCACAUCGAGCAGGCUGGUGUGCACUCUGGUGACGCCACUUUGGUGUUGCCGCCCCAGAAUCUCGAUGAGCAGACCAUGGAGAGGCUCAAGGAUAUUGCCCAGAAGGUUGCCAAGGCCUGGAACAUCACAGGCCCCUUCAACAUGCAGAUCAUCAAGGCCGACCAGCCUGGUGAGGAACCCAAGCUGCGUGUCAUUGAGUGCAAUCUGCGUGCAUCUCGAUCAUUCCCCUUCGUCUCGAAGGUCCUCGGCGUCAACUUCGUCGACGUUGCCACCAAGGCGCUGCUCGGCAAGGAUGUGCCUGAGCCUGUCGACUUGAUGAAGGUCAAGCGCGACUACGUCGCCACCAAGGUGCCGCAGUUCAGCUGGACUCGUCUCGCUGGUGCCGACCCCUUCUUGGGUGUCGAGAUGUCUUCUACUGGUGAAAUGGCUUGCUUCGGCAAGGACCUCGUUGACGCCUACUGGGCAUCGAUGCAGUCGACCAUGAACUUCCGCGUCCCAGAGCCCGGUGAGGGUAUCCUUCUCGGUGGCCAGACCGACAGGGACUGGCUGAUCAAGGUUGUCGACUGGAUUAGCCCGCUUGGAUACAAGUUCUACGCCGCCGGAGACGAUGUCAAGGAGUUUGUUGAGCGUACCGCCAAGGGUGGUGUCAAGGUCGAGAAGAUUGACCUGCCUGUAGACAAGGUCCAGCUUCGCACGGCCUUCCAGGACCACAACAUCAAGGGUGUUUUCAAUCUGGCUCUUACCAGGGCCAAGACCACUGAGGACGUUGACUACAUUAUGCGACGAAACGCUGUCGACUUCGGUAUUCCUCUGUUCAUGGAGCCGCAGACGGCAAUCCUCUUUGCCGAGUGCAUGAGCAAGAAGCUGCCUAGGCAGGAUGGCAUCCCCACCGAGGUUCGCAGGUGGUCUGAGUUUAUUGGCGGCAAGCCUCUGUAAAUACAGCAAUACUCUUUGAGGGGGGGUGCUUGUGGUUGAAUUUGUUUUGGCAUAAAAAGCACGGGGCUGGCGGCUAGGUUUGAUGUGAAAGAUCAGACUUGUCGCCGGGAGUUUCUUAUCUUUUUUGCGGUGUUGUCGGCGAACCUUUUUUCUCAUCUUGAUAUCUGUGGUUCAUUUGAUUUUUGAUUUGUUGACUUUGGGCUUUUUGAUCAUGGUGUUUAUCUUGGAGUACUUAUACACCAGUCAGUUUUCUACCAUAUCGUAUUCUAUGUGGCAACUCGACUAUGUACCUAGGUGUGCAG